GUCCGUUGUUUCUUUCUCAUCUCUUUUCCCUUCACCUCAAAGCGUCGGCUUCUCACAUUCCUCUACUUUCCACCCAAUAAACCAGAAACCUUUCACUUUGAUUCUUAGUUGCCUCUUUCUUCAUAGCUACAGCUAAUGGAGAAAACCACCGUUUCCAAUUUCUUACCAUUCUGAUUAUUUGCCUUGCUCAUAUCGUUUAUUGAUAUAUUCGUCUUGCUGUUUUCAUUUUUGGGUCUUCUCGAUCCCCUGUUGUCUACUUCUUCUGUCAUUUGCUUUGCUUUUCUGUUGAAUUAAAAAAAUGGAACCUAUUCUUACUGGUGCUGCUGCCAACCUUUCUUCGGAAGCUGCAAAAGGCAUCUUCCAAGAUAUGAAACGUCAUAUCAGAUAUGUAAUCAUUUACAAGAAAAAUGUCGACAAGUUUGAGGAGAAACUUAAGAUGUUGAUAGCAAAAAGAGCAAGUCUGCAGCAAGAGGUUGAUGCUGCAGACAGGAACGGGGAGAAGAUAAAAGCGGACGUCGAGCUUUGGCGAUUUACGGUGGACGAGGUAAUCACUGAGGAGGGGAAGAAGGUGAAGGAUCUUGAAGACAAAGCAAAGAACAAGUGCUUCAUUGGCUUGUGUCCCAAUAUCAAGUCUCGCAACCAGCUUAGCAGGAAAGCAGAAGAAGGUGUCGCGACUAUUGACGACCUUAUCCAACAGUGUCAAUUUAACGGAGUGGGAUACCGUGAUGUUCCAGAAGCUAUAUUGGACGCAUCUCCUAAAGACUUUGAGACCUUUAAAUCAAGAGAAAAGGUUUUCAACGAUAUCAUGGAGGCUAUAAAAGACGCUACUAUCAACAUGAUAGGGUUGUAUGGGUUGGCUGGUAUGGGCAAAACAUCACUAGUCAAAGAAGUUGCCAGACAAGUCCAAGAGCUUAAGUUAUUUGAUUCGGUGGUUACCGUAAUUAUGACUCAGACGCCGGACAUUCAGAACAUUCAAGAUCAAAUUGCAGAGUUGUUGGGUCUAAGACUUGAAGACAAGAGUACGGUUGUAAGAGCACGAAGAUUGUGCGAAAGGUUGAAGAAAGAGAAGAAGGUUCUUGUUGUUUUAGAUAAUGUUUGGAAGAAAUUGGACCUCGAGGAAGUUGGAAUUCCAUUUGGAAACCAACACAAGGGAUGCAAGAUAUUGUUGACAUCAAGAGAUCAAAAUGUUCUCUCCAAUGGGAUGGAUGCUGAGAAAACUUUUUCAAUUGGUGAUUUAGACGAUGAAGAAGCUUGGGACUUGUUUAGGAAGAUGGCUGGGGACUGUGUUGAAAGUGCUGAGUUGCGAUCUAUAGCAAUUGAGGUAGCCCAAAGGUGUGCAAGAUUACCGCUGGCCAUUGCAACAGUUGCAAGGGCAUUGAGAAAUAAAAGUUCAUUUGCUUGGGAGGAUGCUUUACGGCAACUACAGAGGCCUUCCUCAAACAACUUCACUGGGAUAUCCGCUGACGUAUAUUCAGCUAUAGAGUUGAGUUACAAUCAUUUAGAAAGUGAUGAACUUAAACAAGCUUUCCUACUUUGCAGUCUACUGCGCCAUGAACCAAUUGAUUACUUGUUGCAAUGUGCCAUUGGUUUGGGUUUAAUUAAUGGUGUCAGCACCAUGAAGGAAGCACGAAAUAGGUUGUUAACAAUGGUGAGUAACCUCAAAGCCUCUUGUUUGUUACUUGAUAGUAACCUCAAUGAUCGUUACUUUGAUAUGCAUGAUCUUGUUUAUGAUGUCGCCAUGUCAAUCGCUUCUAAGGACAAUCAUGUCUUUGCAUUAACCAAGGAGGAUGUUCUGAAAGAUUGGCCAGAUGGAGAGAUAAUGAAAAAGUGGAACAAGAUUUUUUUGCGAUAUCCUAGAAUAAUUGGAGAGCUUCCUGACGAGUUGAAUUGUCCAGAGGUUGUUCUUGUCACUUUGGCUAGCAAAGAUCUUUCCCUCAAAAUGCCACCUACCUUCUUUAACAAAACAAAAAAUCUUAAAGUCUUGGAUUUUAGUGGUAUGCAAUUUUCUUCUUUACCUUUGUCAACUUGUCUCUUAACAAGCCUUCAUGCAUUGUUCCUAAAUCAAUGUGAAUUGAGAGAUAUAAGCAUUAUUGGAGAGCUUAAGAAUUUAGAAAUUCUUAACCUUUCAUAUUCUGAUAUCAAAAUUCUGCCUAAAGAAAUUGGGCGACUGGUUAAAUUAAAAGUGUUAGAUUUAGGUCAUUGUACUAAACUCAAAAUAAUUUCACCAGGUGUCUUAUCAAGCUUGUCUAGAUUAGAAGAAUUAUAUAUGGGUGGCACCUUUAUUCAAUGGGAAGUAGGGGGACAUGCCAACCAACGAGGCAAUAUUGCUAGUCUUGCUGAAUUGAAUACUCUGUCUUGUUUGACCACUUUAGAAGUCCAUAUUCCUGAUGCCGAGGCCAUGUCAAGGGGCUUGCUCUUUAAAGAGUUGCAAAAGUUGGAAAGAUACAAGAUUUUCAUAGGAAAGGAAUGGGAAUGGUUUGGCGAGUAUGAGUAUUCAAGGACUCUGAAACUCAAGUUAAGUACAAGUAUUGAUCAUUUGGAUCAUGGAAUUAAGUUGCUACUGGAGAAAACUGAAGCUUUAUAUUUAGAUGACCUUAAAAGUGUCACGAUUGCAAUGCAAGGGUUCAAAGAUAAAGAAAGCUUAUCGCAUUUGAAGAAUCUCCAUAUCCAAAAUGAUUCAGUGAUCAAAUAUAUCAUUAAUGAUAAUGGUGUAGUUGAUAAAAAUGAAUUUCUUCAAUUACAAUCUUUGACACUUCAAAAUCUACCUCAGCUCAUUAGCUUUUGUUCUGAAGACGAAAACGGCUCUACCUCCAGGGUUCAACAUGAGUUGCCUCUAUUUAGUGAAAAGUCGUUGUUCCCUUGCUUGGAGAAUUUGCGGUUGUCCUCAAUUAGUGUUGAAAGGAUAUGGCAUGAUUCUUUCUGCAAUCAUGAGAAUUUGACAAGAUUGAUCAUCCAGGGUUGUGGCAACUUAAAACGUUUAUUAUCAUUUUCUAUGUCUAGGAAGCUAGUGCAUCUCAAAUGCUUUGAGAUAAUUGGAUGCAAGUGCUUAAGAGAGAUAAUUUUUGCAGAGGAUACAGAGGAAGAAAGCAAAGAUACGAUUUUAUUUCCUCAAUUAAACUCUCUAAAGUUACAGGAUCUUCAGCAUCUCAUUGGAUUUUGGUUAGAACGUCGGAAUAUUGAAUUUCCAUCCUUGAAGUCACUAAAGAUAGAGAAAUGCCCGGAACUCAAGGGGUUCAUAUACGAAUCUACAAUGGAAGGGAGCCAAAGUUUUUCUAGUCAAGUUCUCUUUGACGAAAAGGUUGCAUUUCCUAGUUUGGAGAAAAUUUCUAUUUCCAAAUUGAGAAACAUGAAGAUGAUAUGGCAGAACCGACUCGCUGCGAAUUCCUUUCACAAACUACAAGGAAUGGAAGUUGAAGAAUGUGACGAGCUAUUGACCAUUUUUCCAUCUAAUAUGUUGAGAGCAUUUCAAGGACUGCAAACUCUAACAGUUCAGAAAUGUGUUUCGGUAGAAGAAGUAUUUGAAGUUGGAAGGUCAAAUACGGAAGAAACAGGUGCUGUCACCACUCAACUAAGGGAGUUGUAUAUUGGGUAUCUACCAAGCCUCAAGAAUAUUUGGAAAAAUGAUCCCAAAGGAAUUUUCACAUUUGAAAAUCUGCGGGUAAUAAGUGUUUGGGAUUGUUGCAGUCUGAAGAAUGUAUUUCCAGCCUCAGUAGCCAGAGUUCUUCCACAACUUAGAGAUCUUCACAUAAAUGAUUGCGGAGUGGAAGAAAUUGUUUCCAAGGAGGAAGGAUUGGAAACAACUAUCACUUUCAGGUUUGAUCAAGGGGUGCAUACGACGAAGUGGCCAAUGUUAAAAAAGUUAAAAGUAUUUGGCUGUGACAAAAUGAAGAUACUUGGUACAGAACGUCUCAACAUCUCAGACACGGCUAAAGUCGAUGGACAACUUGAGUCCAGUUUAAUCCAACCACCGCUUUUGUUGGCUGAAAAGGUCAUCCCUCAAUUAGAAAAAUUGUCAUUAAAUAUUGAUGACAUUAAUGCAAUGAUAAGUGAUAGUCAAUUUUCAAGAAGCCUUUUUCGUGAAAUAAAAGUUCUUAGGGUGUGCAACUCUGGUGAUGAAUCUGUUGUUUUCCCAAUUACUUUCCUAGAAAGAUUUCACAAUCUAGAAAAGCUUGUGGUGAUUUCUUAUGAAUUCAAAGAGCUGUUCUGCAAUGAAAGAGAUUGUGGUGUGGAGACAUAUGCUGGGACACUGCCCACGAUCAGAAGCUUAAAAUUGAUUGGUCUUGAUAAUCUCAAACAUUUAUGGAAGCAGGACGUACAAGUAGACCGCAUUCUCCCUAAUCUGGAAACUCUUCAAGUCUACCAGUGUGACAAACUUAUUAGUUUAGGGUCAUCCUCAGCAUCGUUUCAAAAUCUCUUGACGUUGAAUGCAACCACACAUUUGGGUUCCCAUCUUUAG